GUACGAGGAGGACGUGGCGCGCAACGUACAGUAGUAAGGGCACACUCACUGUUGGACACUCUAGAAUGUAUCUGGCAUCCGUGGCCGCUAAAUUCUGUGGAAGAAGUACAAGUGCGAGUACGGCCUAAGAGAGGCGGGAGGGGGAAGAAGGUGAACAAGCAGGAGGGCGGCUUAGGAAGACAGGGGGACGGAGGAGAGAGAGGGAGAGGAGGACGGGGAGGAGAUAAGGGGUUCUAUAGGAACAUGCGCACGAAGAGGGGGAAGGAGGCGGAGGAGGAGGAGGAGGUAUGGUGUUAGGGAAGAACUGUAUAGAGGGAUUGACAGAGAGAUAGUACGAGGAGGGAUAGGAGGAGAAGAAAUAGAGGAAGAAGAGGAGAGGGAGGAGACGAGGAAUAGGGCGGGGUUUAGGGGAGACAAGGAAAAGCAAGGACCCACAGUCACGAUGGGUGACCCACUACAUGAGCUGCUACUGCCCCUGUCCGCGUGUCCCGAUCCCGUCAGGCCGGCUAGUCUCUCUGCCGCCGAUUUGCACGCUUGUCUUCAGCGCCUUCGUCAACGAUCGGAGGAGGUGAAAACGAAAGUUCGUGGACUUGUCACAGCGCUCAGUGACGUGGACAAGAGUGUGGAUGACGUGGCACCCCUAGCCGCGGAGAUCCCGCGGCUGCUGGAGCGCCUCCUUCCUGGAAUUGCGCUUGGUAAUGGGGGGGUCUGCGAAGAACUCGCAGUAGAAGACGACAAGGAUUCCCCGGCCGCGGGAUCUCGACUUGCCUCCGAAGUCGGACUGAAAGCGACCGCGACCGCGGGGACGACGAUCACAGAUGGCGUGGCAGACAUCGAGUCCUCCACCUCCACCUCCACCACCAUUACCACCUCCUCCUCCUCCUCCUUCGCUGACGCAUGUUUCCCGCCUUCUGUGUCGGCGAUCGGGGGCGACAUUUCUGCAACUGCCCGGAAUGCGAGGAGGGUCAAGCGAGAGCUCCGGGAAAUCGAGGACUCGAUCGAGACGGUAGAAAUGGUGGUGGGAGUGCACGAAGUGCUCACGAUGAUAGACAAAAGCUUGCUGAGAGGGGAGAUCGUGGACGCGGCCAGAGCAGUUGUGCGGCUAGAAAGGGCAAUCAUUCGAGCUGGAGUGAAGAGAGAAGCAGAUGGAAAAGAUGAUGAUGAUGAUGACGAGGAGGAGGAGGAGGAGCGUGUUUUGGAGAACGUCGGUGAAGAAGAGGUAGGGUUGGUUGUGUUGUCGGAAGGAAGAGGAGAAGGUGCGCUUGCAUCCGGUGCGCCAUCUUCCACGGUGGCGGUCAUCGAACAGGUGGCUUCAGAGCGUGGCGAUGGUGGUCAGCAGCAAGCCAAGGAGAGGGAGGAGAGACACAGCGAGAAGGCGGAGGAGGAGAUCCGCGUGUUUGGUAUCCUGAGAAGCGAGUUCUCGCUGAGAAAGACAAAGUUGAAAGGUAUUCUUGAGAGUCUGUUUCGGCGCGCAUUGGUGAUCGACCGGAUUCAUUGUGAGCUCAGGUGGAUGCCAAUAGUGCAGCUCUUUCGAAGACACAGUGGUAGUAAUUCCGGCCAGAUCAGCGGAACGGAUCUGAAUGAUACGGAUGUUGAUGUCGGUUUUGGUGACAUUCUUGAUGCUUUGGAGGUAAGCAUCACACUCUCAUAACCUUUUCUUUAGUUUUUUCGGGAGGGGGGGCGAGGGGGACGGAGGGUAACAUUCUGGAUGCUGUAGACAUCAGCAUCA